AUGAAGGCCCUUGGUGAAUUGAUGGAUCCAGAUGCUCUCAAAGAACUUCAGGAGAACAUCGCUGAGAAGGUCGCCAACAAGGAAGAGAUACUCGUCCCUCUUCAGUUCCUCUACUGGAGCGAUGGCAGAAAAGACAAAGUCCCUGGACCAAACUCCAAGAUGACAAAACAAGACCCAGCCGAAUAUCUCGACAUGCUAAGCAAGAAAUACUGUAACGUCAGAGGUCAGGGCAAGGGAAAGGACAAGGCAUAA